UCAAGGUAGACGGCUGGGAGCUCCGGCUGGGUUGGAUGGAGGCGGGCGAGGUGGCGGCCACCGGCACCGGGAGGAGAGGCGAGGAAGAGGAGGGGCUUGCGCCUUCCGCCCCUCCCUCCAGCGUUCUCAUAGCGGGCAGGGAGGCUCAGGCCGCCCACCGCCUCAGCGAGCCAUGCUGACCGCGGCUUGGUUGUGCCGAGGCGCCGCCGGCAGGUGGGGGGUCCUGCGGAACGCCAGUCCGGCACGGCCCGUCGCGGCCACCGUAGCGCGCCGCAGCAACAGCCGCCCUCGAGCUUCGCUGGCGGCCGGGCUCGCGCUGGCCUCGCACCCUUCUUCAGUUUGCGGGAGCCCCCGCCAUCUACUGCGCGUGUGCAAGCCCUGCCGCGAGCGCUUGGGGGCUUCUGCCUCCGCGGGCGGCUUCCCCUUGGGCUGUUGUGGCGGCGGCGCCUCUCGUGCGGCCAGGGAGCAGCCGCGGCGCUCCCGCAGCAGCGAUGAGGGAGCCUCUCGGCCGCCGGAGCGAGAUGCUGGAGGGGCGGACCGACGAGGGUAUGCUGAACUGUAUGAAAACCCUUGGACGAUCCCUAAUUUACUUUCAAUGGCAAGGAUCGGUCUGGCACCAGUUUUGGGCUACUUGAUUGUUGAAGAAGAUUUCAACAUAGCUUUGGGUGUAUUUGCUCUGGCUGGCAUUACUGAUUUGUUGGAUGGCUUUAUUGCACGGAAUUGGGUCAACCAAAAAUCUGCACUGGGGAGCGCCUUGGACCCUCUGGCCGAUAAAGUACUUAUCAGUGUCCUGUACAUUAGCCUUACGUAUGCUAAUCUUAUUCCAGUUCCUCUUACUUCUAUGAUCAUUUUAAGGGACGUUGCAUUAAUUGCUGCUGUUUUUUAUGUGCGGUACAGAACGCUUCCUCCACCAAGAACGCUUAGUAGAUAUUUCAAUCCAUGUUAUGCCACUGCUCAGUUAAAGCCAACAUUUAUUAGCAAGAUGAACACGGCAGUACAGCUAAUCUUAGUGGCGGCUUCAUUAGCAGCGCCAGUUUUCAAUUAUGUGGACAGUGUAUAUCUUCAAACAUUAUGGUGCAUCACCGCUUUCACGACAGCAACCUCUGCAUACAGUUACUAUCAUUACGGUCGAAAAACAGUUCAGGUGCUAAACAACAAAUGAAGUCCUGCAGUGGGAUUGCUCACAGACCCAUUGGACUUUCACUGGAAUGGUGUUGCCUGCAAUAUAUCUGGACUAUGGAUGAGGAUAAAGAACAUUAUUUUUUAAAUAACUUUGUCUCAAUGAAACUGUCUUCACAGUAGAGCUAUUAUGAAGUUAAUAGGAAGUUUGGAUCAUGUAAAUAUGCAGAAUUUUCAAUGUAAUUUUUCAAUUUGUUACAAAUAAAAUAUAAUUUUUUACGAGUAUA